CAGUUGGUUUUACAGGACCAGCAGUGUGAGAGAACUGCCCUCGGAUAUAACCUUAAAACUUUCAUUGUGAGUUUAUUUUCAGGAAAAAAACGCCUGGAUUGGUUUAACACUUGUUUUAAGAGUAAAACCUGCUUUUUUUUUUAUGCAGGUCUUCAGCAGGUGGGACUGUUGUUGUGGACUGGACUGAGAUUAUUUCACUUUAUAAUACUUGUGUGAAGAACAUGUUGGAUUUUCAGCCUCUAUGAGUGUUUUUCACACCCAGAGAAACAUAUAGAGCUGAAACUCUUGUGAAAGUCUCCUGAGACAGACAGCAGAAGCUCCAGAAAGUGUUUAUUUUGCUUUCUUCUCCAGGACUCCACCAGGGGUUUGGUGUGGAAGCUCACAAUGACUGAACACAGGUACUCCAGUUUGGAUGAAACGUCUCUUCAGAAACUGCUCGACGGCACUGCGGACGUGGCCGAGCGGCGAGUCAUACGGUCAGCUAUUCGAGAGCUGCGCCACCGUGAGAUCGAAGACAUGGAGGCUGCGCUGACCAAUAAGAGAUUCAGACGGGCCCAGGAGCACAGGCAUGACGAUAAAGAAAAUCAGCAUCGGCCUGAUUUGGCAGCAUCCUUGGAUUUGCUUUCUAGGAAGCUUCAGGACAUUCAGGACAUCGAUGAGCUUUCUGCGAUGCUGCGUAGUAACACAGAGUACGAAGAGAGGAAACUCAUCCGUGCGGCCAUUCGCAGACUGAGAGAUGAAGAGAUUGAGGGUGCACUAGAGAAGAUUCAUUUGACCGGGCAACAACAAAAGCCUCAAAGAAGCCUGGACUUGGAGGACACGCCGAAGGAAACCGUGGACAAGUCUGAACGGGUCGAGAAACUCCACAGCCAAACCCCGAGCAAAGAGUCCCAGCGAACAGGCUCUAACUCCGACAUGGUGUUGGUGUUCGACCCGCUCCAGGAGGCGGUGUCCUGCCCCCUGACCGCCCGCUCCGAGCUAGACGCGCCUUCCUCCGAUGACGUCAUACCCCGGUACCGGACCCAUUCCGAUUCCGGCGCCUCGGAGCGCGGUCACGGUUCCCACGCCUGCUCCAGAGUGCACGCUUCUUCGGAGCAAGUGGACGAGAGACCCGCCGGGUCGUCAUCAAGUACGGAGGCCGACGCUCACGUUGAGCCGUGUUCUCUCGCAAGCAACGGUGUAGACGCACCCGACGGGGCCGCGAACUCCGUACAGCGACGGCAUGCCGUCAAAUACUCCUCUGAAGACGCCGUGCUGAAGCAGAAGGACACGUCCAGCACAAACACGCCGCUGUUUACUGUUCGAGAUGCCGCAGUACGUGCAAGCAAACCGCCGUCCUAUCCGUCGUUCUGCCGAGGGGGUUCGGUCCGCGACCGGGCGCGCAAGUUUACAGAACCUGCGGAGUUGAGGAGUGUGCAGAGAAGCGCGCACAGAGGAACGUCCCCUGCACGCACCGCCCUCUCCGAGCCCGAAGGCGAUUCUCAGGACAUCUCCUGCUCUUCUCCUUCCCUUCCUUGCUUCUCGCUGUCCACCUCUCUUCUGGACAGAGGGGUAAACCUCAACCAAUCGCAGCACGCGGUGGGCGGGCCACAGAGCAGUAAUGAAAAUGUCAGGAGUGCUUCUUGCAGCUCAGAAGAGGGCGAGACUCCCGGGGGAACAGCAUCUCCAGACGCGCAGGAAGUCCGGCGAGAUCCUCAGUCCGACAUGAAGGCCUUCCUGACCAUCGAGAUCAAAGAUGCGAGAACCUCCGCUACUCAGACUUCGUCGUCUUCGUCUUCGGCCGCGUCGAUGUCCGGAGCGAUGCCGCGGAUCCUCGCUGGCUCUGCCUCGCAGAGAGCAGAGCUAACACUUGGUCUGAGAGCGACACCAUUCAAGCUCACCAGCUCCAGCCACUCGACAGGAUCCUCCCUCAAGAUGGAAACCGAGCCUGCGUUUUCAAUCGAGCCUGCUCUCCAGAGAGCCAGCGAGGCUCCACUCGUCCAGAACGGCUCAUCCGUAUCCCAGCUGAAAAGAGACGCGCACAGCACCACCGUGAGCAGCGGCACACUCACCUCCGAACAGCUCGAGGCCAUCGAGGAUGAGGAAAUCCUGGACAAAAUGCUUGAUGACUCCAAAGAUUUUGAGGAGAGAAGAAUGAUCAGAGCAGCCAUGAGAGAGCUCCGAAAGAAAAAAAGAGACCAAAGGGAGAAGGAGCGCGAUCUGCGUCUGCAGGAACUGCGGCAGCAGAGAGACGACCGGGCUCAGAAGAAUCGGCCAGGCGCGGGAGAGAUGGUGGUGAAGAAAAUGGAGAAGUCAGCUGAUGGCUCUACUCUCAGUGAGAUCACCAAGACCAACCGCUUCGCAGAUGAUGGCAGCAGGAUGACCCGCAGCACCAUCAUGGAAACCUCUUACACACAGAAGUUUGACAGGGGGACCAUGCAGACCAAGUCCUUCAGCUACUCCUCAUCUUCCUCCAGCACAAGCAAGAAGAUCGGAAGCGUGUUUGAUCGUGAGGACGACGCGGCGCUGGAGCGCAGACAAGCGGAUCGUAAAAAGGAACUCAUGAGGGCUCAGACGAUGCCCAAAACCUCCGCCUCACAGGCCCGGAAAGCCAUGAUUGAGAAGCUCGAGAAGGAAGGCGGCAGCAACUCGCCAGUCGCGCAGGUGAAGGUCCAGCGCUCCACUAGCUUCGGCGUUCCCAAUGCUAACUCCAUUAAGCAGAUGCUGCUGGACUGGUGCAGAGCAAAGACUCGCGACUAUGAUAACGUAGAUAUUCAGAACUUCUCCUCCAGCUGGAGUGAUGGGAUGGCCUUCUGCGCUCUGGUGCACAACUUCUUCCCGGAGGCCUUUGACUACUCCACCCUCAGCCCUAGCAAUCGCAGGCAGAACUUUGAGGUGGCCUUUAAAACAGCAGAGGCGUUUGCUAAUUGUAUGCCCCUGUUGGAAGUGGAGGACAUGAUGAUAAUGGGUAAGAAGCCUGACUCCAAGUGCGUCUUCACCUACGUGCAGUCGCUGGUCAAUCACCUGCGCAGAUACGAGAUGACGUGUCGAGCACGCUCGGAUCACUGAGCGCUUACUUCCACCCCGAAGACCGACGCCACCAUCUUGUUGUUUUUUUUUGUUGUUUUUUUUUGUUGUUUUUUUUGGUAGAACAUUGAACAGUUUUUUUUUUUCUCAUCGUAUCCCACGUUUCAAUUGCAACGAACCAAAGAACAAGAUCACCGCAUGGCGAGUAUCGCUAUAGUGCUUUAGAGCAUUCAAAUGUGUUUAAAAAGAAAUGGUUUAAAACUUUUUUUUACAUUUUUUAUUUAAAAAUCAGCUAAAAAAAGGAAAAGACAACGUUUCAUUUAGAAUCCCAGAAAAGAUGCUUAUUUUAUUUCUAUGCCAGUGGCAUUUAGCUAACAUUUUAACGGCUCGUAACGUUUAUUCCGUGGUACUGUAGCCGAUCGAGGAACCUGAUGUGCAUGCUUCACCCUUUUGUUUACUUGAAUUUUCUUUAGAGCUGCUUUCGCUGAUAGGGCACGAGUGACCUGAAGUCUGCUGUAAGCCGCGCCGAUACGAUAUGAUACGAUACGACACGAUCUCUCACCGCUUUGUAUCUGAACAGCGCCUCCCCGUGCCCAAACAGCGACGCUGCUCGGCCCUGAUUUAAAGCAGACUCUCCUGUUUAAAAAACAAAAUGCUGAUCGAUCCGAGGACAGGCUUCCACUCCAUAGUAGGAGAGGAGGAACUGUUUCAGCACGGGGGGAUUACGCAACAUACCACACCAUUACCACAGCCUCACAGACGCCCGAAACACUCACUCACUCACAUGUACAGACGAGCACCGUGUUCCUGUCAUUUCUGCUUCACUUCUUACGCUCGUGAAUUUUAUCGUCUUUACUCUAUUAAUAUUCAUAAACUCUGCUCUGAUGGAGAUUUGAAUUUGACAGACGGGCUCAUCAAUCACACACGUUUCCACCCUGGAUACAGAGAGAGAUGUUUCAGCCGUGCAUAUCCUGGCUCUAGCACUUUUUUAUUUUAUUAUUAUUUUUAAUCCAAGAUGAAUUAUGCUUACCAGGAGAAUGCAAAACUGUUUUUUAUAUAUAUAUUUAUAUAUAUUUGAGCAAGUUUGUAACUAUGGGCUUGAUUACUGAUCUGCAAAAAAAAAGAUAUUUAAAAAAAGAAAUGAUGGAUUUACAGGGCAGAGUUCAUUUGAUGUAGCUGAGAAUUCAGUUAAUGUGCCAAUAAGCUGUCGUUUUGUUAACUAGCAUUUAAAAACAAACAAAAAAACACUAUACAAAAAUGUUGUAAUACCGUAACGUUUUUUUUUUUGUCCGUCUUAGCCGGGUCUUUUGUUUUGGAGUCAUUUUCUCAAGUUAUUCUACACUAACUCUUCUUCUCAAAUAGAAACAUUGUGCUGUAAAUUCAUGCUUGCAUGAAGGAGAGCGAGUCUGAGAAGGUGCCCAAGCUCUGCUUUUCCUCUCGUACAGUAGCCGGUGCACUGUUCUACUUAGGGUUAGGGAGGUUAGGGAGGGUUAUGGAGCAGAGAGGAGAGAAAUCAGGCCGUUUCCCCAUUCUCCCCCCUCUGCCCCCCCCCCCCCGCCCUUCAGAAAACAGGACUUCAAUUGAAAUCUGAAGCCUUGGCAUGAGCAGCAUCUUUUUACUAAACAGUGUUAUUACUGAUAAGCUUCUUGAGGAGAAUAAGAGCAGGGGAUUGUUCUAAGCUAGCGUUUUAUUCCACACUAUAGAUUAACUCAAUAACACGGUGUAGAUUGGCUACAAUCAUUUUGUUUUACGUGUUUGCGCCUAGGAAUAUUGUUCACAGCAUUUCUGUACACUGCCAAUGAAUAUGAAGAAUGAUAUUAAAAUCUUUUAAGAAACCA